AUGAAAAACAUACCACACGGAGGCCGAAAAUCAGCACGGCUCCAGGCGACCGCUCACAGCAGCCCCAGCACCCAGCACCCAUCUUCGAGCAGACUAGGGGUAUUAGGACAUACAGGACGAUGUCUUUCUGCUGAGACAACCGCAAUUUCAACACGUACCAGACGGGGCCGGGCUGCUGAACCUGAGGCUGAAGGGGUUGAAGCCCGAGUUGAAGCUGGGGUGGAAUCUGGAUCUGAGACGGAUGUCAGGAGCGAAAAAACGGCGGAAUAUUCGAGGAGUUCUGAGGCACCCGACUCUGAAGCUGAGGACGAGCCUGCCCGGACAGAGAAGCAGACGAAGGAAGAAAAGGUGGCCUCUCUGCUGCAUCACAUCAGAGAGGCUGGGCUCAGUCCGUUUGACGUGUUCCUGUGCAUUCUGGACGAAAAAUCACCGACGUUCCAACGGUAUCGCACGGAGCUGUACAAGGAAGACCGUACGACCCUCGUACAAAUCCUCGAAGCGCUCAGCGCCUCUCCAAAAGGUUCAGCAAAACUUGGGGCCUGGUUGAAGGGAGAUUCUGGACAGUCUUUCCUACGCAGCACAAUUUCGGCAGAAUUGAACGAUUUACAUGACCUCCACGUCCUCAAAGGUGUCGCUGACAUCUCCCCCGACUUCAUCAAAAACCAAGAGCCGGAUAGUUUUGCGGAGGUAGCGCCGUUCACAAUGCGGUUACUUCGAGGCGCAGCACAAACGAAGCGACAAGAGGGUAAAAACUCGAAGAAGAAGCCUGAUACAAUCUGUGAUACUAUCAUUAGGAUGUUAUUAUAUUCCCGUUCAAACAAGUGCUUGGGCUUUCAAGCACAAUUCGGACUGUAUCUAUGGACUACGGGGGCCUCCCGUCAAGCAAUAGAAGCAGUCCAUAUCCUCGGACUUUCCAUCAGCUAUCAGGCUGUCUUGGACCUCAUCCAGUUUCUCGCAGGUCAUUGCAUGGCCCUUGUUAUAAUUGCGGCAGCUCUCCUUCACGCGUUCUGCUACGACAACAUCAACAUUAGCACCUCGAUUCACAUUGCGCAGAAGGGGAAAGCGGAGACAACGGGGAAGGUGACAUCGGGGACCUUGGGAAUCGUGUACCCCCUGCGAAAUGCGAAGCAGGAGGACCUGCUACUUGAACCCUUGCUCGCUAGGAUGCGCAACCCGGAGUACAACGGUCUACAGUGGGAUAAGGACCUCCAACUCACCGAUGUUCAGAACAGCGAUAUCCACCACCAGCUCCUCGUUCACGUCAUCAAUGUCGUUUUCAAGUAUUCGGAUGAAGAAUUAAAAAAGGACGAGUACGCCGACGCCAGGCUCUCGCACAAGACCAUCAAGCUCGUCUCUGCAACUAAACAACGCACCGAAUUUCUUGUCUCCCGAGUUUCGACAACGGAAGAAGCUUCAGUGCAAGGAAACGCCAAAUUUCAUGAUGAAGCCUACGAAACCUUCAAACGUACACCGGAGCAACUCUGCAAAUACGCGAUCCCCAGCAUAAACGACCAGCUCACCAACUCCCGCAUCCGAACACUCCAAAUCCAGCGCAAGGACGACGAGAAUGACUGGCAUCGUCGACUUGUAUUCCAACUUUCGAUGGGCCUGUUCCAUGCUGCCCUCAACCUUGCCUGGGGUAUUCUGCAUGUCCAUCGCGGUACUCUCAAACAAAAAGGGUCGCUUACCUACUGGUUUUCCAUCCUCGAAAAGUCGCGGCUCUCUGGGGCCAAGCCCGACUACCAUACCCUCUUUGCAGCACUAACCGAAGUUCUCAAUGGGCUUCUUCUGGCUGCUUGGAAGGAUGUCUGUGCUCACGACGACGAAUCGCUUGGGGAUAAGCCCACUCUAUCCCAGAAGACUACAGCAUUCAAAAAAUAUACCAAAUCGAAGCCCACGGCUGACGACAUUGUGUCAAAAGCAACCAGAGUGGUCAACGACUUCAUGACACCGUUACCAGAACCUUUCACUCUGGAUGACGACUCGGAUGAAAGCGAAGACGAUCUCCACGCAAAUGAAGACAGAGACCCACUGCAAGCGAAGCCUGUGGUUCCACCUCCACUUGAAAACACAUGCGAAAAGGACCCGGCGCGAGACAAAGUACACCAGAACACCCGUCUGCUCAUCCGUGACACCCUCUUUCUUCUCGAGCUUGUAGCAGCAACGCGGGACGGUGACAUUGGCCGCAUUGAGCUAAUACUGCCUCACCUGGCCAUGAUGUAUCGUGGCGCUGGGUCCAACAACUACUGUACCGAGGUUCUUUAUCUCAUUCAAAAUCUGAAAUAUGUAUGGACUCCAGAAUUUGCGGACAUCAUGCGAGAUAUCAUGAUUGUUAAUCCGUCUGGUAUUCCGGGCCAUAACAUUGCAACUGAUAUCAAUAUGGAAUAUACGGUGGGCGAUAUCAAGGAUCUAAUUGUCGCAAAAGGGUGUGAAAGCACCUGGGACCAUAUAGGGGACAUCUCAGCAGCCAUAGACCACUUUAAGGCUCUCAAGCGGAAGAUGGGGAAGUUCCUGGAUCUUCCUCACCAGAACAAGGGCCACUCUGACGUCGAUACAUCAAAACUUGUCUGGCGUGUAGCUAAUACUGUGGAGAAGGAAGGUUUUUUGGCAUUCAAGCAAGACCGACAGGGAAACACAAGCACCAAGUCAUCGGCUGAUAUUGUAGCGCUUGGUGCGGAGCGGUUGAGGAGAGGUACCCUAGACUCAUUUAAUCGAAAGUUCAAGGACUUCGUUGCGGGUAAGGCAUCGUAUGGGGAGGAUUUGGAAGACGACCUACCUCAGAAUAAUCUUACAUAUACCAGUAACGAGUUGGAUGAUGCAGGAAAUGACGAAAAUUAG